AUGUCCGCAGGGCGCGUGUAUUACUUCAACCACCUGACGAACGCCAGCCAGUGGGAGCGACCCAGCGGCAGCGGGAAGAACGGGCACCACGGGGAGCCCAGCAAGGUGCGGUGUUCCCACCUCCUGGUGAAACACAACCAGUCCCGGCGACCCUCCUCGUGGCGGCAGGAGAAGAUCACACGGAGCAAAGAUGAGGCGCUGGAGCUCAUCAACGGCAAGUAA